CAUACAGCUUCAAGAAAUCAAUUAAACUUUCUAAUAUAUGUUUACAAAAGAUUGAUAUUCUAGAGAGAGAGAGAGAGAGAGAGAUGGUAAUUUGUAAGCCUGCAUUGUUUGGUCAUCGCUGUUGGUCUGUGAAGAAGCAUAGAACUUAUAGCUACCGAUGCCUCAACAAUCGAUUUAAUGAUUUAUUAGUUGUUGAAAAGAAUGGUGGUUCAAGAACAGCACUCAUCAACUCACCCUCUUCACUCAAUGCAAUUAACAACUCAAUGGUUGUGAAGCUGCAAAAGAUGUAUAGAGAGUGGGAGGAUGAUCCCGACGUUGGGUUCGUAAUCUUGAAGGGGAGAGGCAGGGCAUUUUCUGCUGGUGGAGAUCUCCGUUCUAUUUUUAAUAUGAUGAAACAAGGCAAGCUAGAGGAGUGCAAACAGUUUUUCAGGAAUGCAUAUGGUCUUAUACACAUGAUUGCUACGUAUUCGAAGCCACAUGUUGCCAUCUUAAAUGGGAUCACAAUGGGUGGUGGGGCUGGAAUUUCAGUCCUUGGAACAUUUCGCGUUGCGACUCAACAAACUGUAUUUGCUACUCCUGAGACAUUGAUCGGUUUCCAUCCAGAUGGCGCCGCAUCCUUUUACCUCUCCCGUCUGCCUUACCAUUUGGGCGAGUAUCUAGGCCUCAUAGGGGACACACUCAAUGGGGCAGAGAUGUUGUCGUGUGGACUAGCUACACACUACACACAUUCCACAAAUCUUCCCUUGGUUGAUAAAGUAGUAGCAAACUUGGUGACGGCUAGUGCUGAUCCCUCUCCCAUUGCAACUUGUUUACAAAAAUUUCAAGAUUCAGUUCUUCACCAUCACACUAGCCUAUUUCACAGGCUGCAAAUCAUCGACACGUGUUUCAGGCACAACACGAUCGAGGAAAUCGUUCAGUCUCUGGAGGAUGAGGCUGCCAGAGAGAACGAUGCAUGGUGUAGAUCGACUAUCAAGAAGCUCAAAGGGAUCGCUCCUCUGAGCUUGAAGGUCGCCUUAGCUUCUAUACGGCUAGGAAGGUCCCAGACACUCGAGCAAUGCCUCGUUCGAGAAUACACAAUGACUGUGCAAGCACUGUCCAAACAGAUUUCAACUGACUUCUAUGAGGGCAUUCGAGCAAAACUAGUAGAUAAAGACUAUUCUCCCAAGUGGGAUCCUCCAAGACUGGAGCAGGUGUCUCAAGACAUGGUUGAUCGCUACUUUUCGCCUCUAUCCCCAUUCGAGCCCCAACUCGAGCUACCCAAACAUGAAAAUACGGUGUCCUAAACACAGGUUUAUGAAAUACAGAAUCCUAUGUAUUAUCAGAACACAAAAGAAGCUUGUCAUAAUGGUUGUUGUGCAUCUGCAUCAGAUACAAUUGACAAAUUCAAUGCAAUUUGACAUGCUAUAGACAAGAUCAUUUUGUUUCA